AUGAGCGUACAAUCUCAGAGCGUCUCGCCCAGCUCCUCAGUCAACGCGGAAGCGACAAGCAAAGAGCCGGCAGUGUUAUCAUCAGGUCGCACAGUGGAAAAGCUCUACCAUCGCAUCCGCAGCUGUCUAGGUUGUCGAACGCGUAAAAUAAAAUGCGAUCGCCAAAAACCUUGUGAUGGCUGUCAGCGGGUGGAAGCGGACUGUGUCUAUCCAUCUGGACCAGGCAGAGCUCCGAAGAAACUUCGUCGAGCAAUUGACAAGCGCGUUAUUGAUCGAUUGGCUGAUCUCGAGGCACUGGUAAGACGCCUUGAAGAUACAGACAAGAACGUCAAGCUGGGACGCGGCUCGAGCGUGACAGGAGGGCUUUCUGCUGAUUCGACAAGACAAUUGGAACACGAAUCAAGCCCGCCAGAACAGCAAUUCGGUCGGCUUGUGAUUGACGACACACGAAGUUGCUACGUGAGCAACAUUUUGUGGGCAAGCUUGGGUGACGAGAUUGAAGAGCUGCGCGAUCUAAUCUACCAUGAGCCAGCAUCCGAGGACGACGACUUUGAUGCUGCUACUGUGGCAUCGUCUGCUAUUGAUACGCCAACUUUUGCCGGCUGUAAUGCAGCGAUAAUGGGAUUUCACGCGCUUUCGCAGUCGCUGAGGGCAUAUCACCCAGGACUAUCCCAGUCAGUGGCUCUCUUUGAGACGUUUAAACAGAAUGUCGCACCUGUGGUGCACAUUUUCCACAUGCCCACGUUGAAUACCUUUUAUUGGGAUGCCGCGGCGUCUCCCGAAUCGUUGGGCUGCAAUGCCGAGGCGUUGCUAUUCGCCAUAUACUACUCUACCGUCAUCAGCAUGGAGUCGCAGCAGUGCGAAGAGCUCCUCGGCUUUUCACGAGCGGCGGCAGUCAAGCACUAUCAAUUCGCAGUAGAACAGGCCAUGGCCCGCGCGGACCUCCUCAACACCCAGAGUGUGGUGUUGAUCCAGGCCGCAGUUUUAUUCUUGUCGGCGUUGCGAAACGAAGAUGCGUCGCGCACCGCGUGGUCAAUGACGGCGCUCAUCUUCCACAUUGCGCAAGCCAUGGGACUGCACAGAGACGGUGCCUCAUUUGGACUUUGUCCGCUGGAGAUUGAGAUACGACGACGGCUUUGGUGGCACAUCUGCCUGCUCGACAUUCGAUCAUCCGAGUACCACGGGUGCGAGCCCAUCGUCGACGAUUCCAAGUUUGACACCCGAAUGCCACUCAACAUCAACGACAGCGACUUGACGCUCGACAUGACCGAACCACCACCCGAGCGCGAGGGGACCACGGAGAUGACAUUUUGCCUCAUACGAUGUGAAGUCAUGCGCAUUGUAUGGAAGACGGGAUAUGUACCGCCAGGACUGCGACAGCCCGGUCAGAUGGCAGAGGCAUCUUCGCUUGCCGGACGUGCUGCUUUGGCCAAGAAUCUCCAGCAACGGUUAGAGGAGCAGUAUCUCAAGCAUUGCGAUACUUCAAACCCGUUUUUCCAAGCUUGCGUGACUGUUGCCCGCCUGAUCAUCGCUCGAACCUGGCUGGUGGUCUACUACCCGCUGCGACAAAAAGAGGGCGCAGAGCCCGUGCCGGGUCCGAUUCAAGACCAACUGUUUAGCAUAUCGGUCAAGGUUCUCGAAUUGUCAUGCCAGCUGCUCACCAACCCCGUCUUUGCACCAUGGACAUGGCACUCCAAGACGCACGUUCAGUGGCAUGCGGUGGCUUUUGUCCUGUCCGAGAUUUGCUCGCGGCCGCCAUCGCCUGAUGGCGACCGCGCGUGGGAGUAUGCGCAAACUGUCUACAGCCGAUGGAAGAUGAAAGAGCACAAGGGCACUCUCUGGCGGCCCAUCAAGCGGCUCAUGGCCAAGGCGCAAUACGUACGCGAAACGCAAAAGAGCAAAUCUUCGGCUGUCAAGUCCCAUUGGCGAGUAGAUGGGAUGACCACGGCAAUACCAAAAGGUUGUACAGAGUCCACUGCGAGUGGCAAUCCGAGCCUCGAGGGAGGGUCAAACCCAGCUACUGUCAAAGAAAUCACUGCGGAUUUCUGGGCUCUGCCAACAGAGUCCUUUGAUUCAUGCCUAGAGAGCUUGAGUAGAACUGAUUUGAUGGCGCCAGCUCUCGAGUAUGCGUACCAAGUUGGCACUGAUUUUAACCUGACAGACUUUACGGUCAGUCCCAUGGACAUGGUGUUUGAGAUGAAUGAGUUUACGCCGUGA